AUGACUGACAAAAGCGAAAUUGAACAGGAGCUGCAAAACUUGUACGGCCAAAUGGAGACGCUGUACGGCAAACCGGUGAUUCUGGAUGAGUUUGAUCAGCACUUCGGCAUUCACCAGCUGAAGCAGAGCAUCGCCUCUGACCCGAACCGCAGCCGCCUGCUCUCGCUGGCCAAGCAGACCAACCCGAUGCCCCUGCAGACGGUCUUCCCCGUGGAGGAGUUCCUGGAGAGUCGCCUCAGCUACCUCAGCUCGGGCUCCUUUGGCUCGGUGAUGGUCCACCAGCGAGGCCGCCGUCGUAGCCGCCUGCAGGCGGUCAAGGUCAUCACCUGUCUGCCCAGUGGCAUGGCCGUGCAGAUGACGGGCAGUGGCAUGAAGUACCGCGAUGUUUACCGCGAGGCGCAGUGCCUCCUCACACUGGGCUCUCUGGCGAGUGGAGUUCGUCGAGCCGUGAAGGUGAUGGACGAGAAGGGAGAGACUGAGGAUGACGACAGCAACCCCUUCAACACUUCUAUUGCCUCCUCUUCAUCCACUACCGUUCAGUACAAGGCCGGCUGCUUUCCGCAGCUGUACGCCAUCCACCUGGUCGACCCGACCCGCGCGCUGAUGAGUCUGGAGGCCUUCUUCGCCUGUACGCCGGGCGUCGCCUCGUACCCCGUCUUCGAGAAGGCCCUCCUCCUCAUGGAGCACUGCGGCUCCAGUCUGCACGGCAAGCUGAUGGAGCCCGCUUUUGUGGGCGAACCGGCAGUUUCCGUGGCCAAGCAGGUCAUCCUCGGUCUGGUCACCGCGGAGCAGGCCUUUCGUUUUGAGCACCGCGACCUACACGUCUCUAAUCUGAUGGUAGCCAGUGCUGGCAGCCGUUCGGUGGCCACCUUUCAGAUUGGCGAGACGCGCUACAGUGUGCCGACGUACGGCGCCCAGGCGAAGAUCAUCGACUUCUCCUACGCCCGUCUGGAGACGGCCGACGGUGAGACGCUCUACAAGAACUUGGACUCGCUCUUUGAGGGCGAAGAUGGCGAAGAACAGGGCGAGGAGAACCAAGGUCUGCCCAAGAAGAGCAAAACCAACAAGGACCACUUUGACGGCUACCGCGACAUGUACAUCGCCCGAGGNAGACUCGCUCUUUGA